AUGUCUAUUAUCACCCUGCGCUCUGAUAUCUCUCAAUAUGACUUCAAACGAGGGAAAUACUGGAAUCACGAAUCGCCAUUCCUGCCCGUCGACUGGGAGCAAAUAAACUCAGAAACUGGGGCGCCCUCACUCAAACAUUCAGCAAUGAGAUAUGCCCUUCAGGACCAGUCGCAGCUCAAAGCUUUCAUGUUCAAGAAUAUCCCUUGGCUAUUGGCAAAGUAUCUCUGGGAUUGCUUGGACAGAUGCAACAAACAAACAUUACACAUGUGGACAAUCAUGGCCACGGUGUAUCCUGACUACUUCUUCACAUCAUGUCGACGCUACCGUCUGAUGACUGGUAUUCCAGUACCGCCCGUGAAGAAUUAUAUUGAGAUGAUGUCAAGUGAUUCCUGCAACUGGCGUGCAAUACUGUCUCUGUCUUCUACUUGGGCCACUGUGGCUGAUUUGGUUUCCAUUGGGAAUAUGAAAAACCUAGUAGCUCUCGAGAUUCACAAAAGCCCCGCGGCGAAUAAUUCCGAGGGGCACUGGGAUAUGGAAGACCGCAUCGUUCGCAGCUGGGUUGACAUGGCCAAGGAUUUAUCCUCACUACAGCACCUUCGUGUUUUGAAGUUCCGCCACCAGAAUGAGUUAACUUCCAAUAUUUUCCGCAUGUUGAAGCAACUACCACAGCUGCAAAUGAUUGUCAUGGAGGAUUGUGGAAGAUUCAAUAGGGACGACAUAGAUGGAUGGUACCCCCGACGACUGGAUACAAUAAUUGACAAGGUAGCAGGAACCGACAUCCAACACAAUCUCAGACUCUCGUAUAUAUACGAUGGGAUACCACGCCAUCUCAAAUCCUACCCUUUUAACGAUAUGAUGGAGCUGGAGCCAUCGGCAUUAAAUAACCCAGAUGAUCACAAAGCUUUGACCAUGGAGUUUCAGCUACCAGUGGUGGAUCGCGAACCAUCUGGUUUACUACUAAGACCUUCAAGUUCUGGUUUUGAAAACGCUGUAACGUGUUUUGUUCGGAUGUCUUCGAACAAGCUAGAGGGCCCAAAUGGCCCAAAGUCCAAGUGGCCCAAAACGAAAGUUCAGAAGCGAGUGUUGAAAUCCCGAGGCCGAGAUAUGGCAGAUCUGCUAAGAGAGUUUUGUUAA